AUGUCGAAUGAUCAAGACGAAAAUGCGCCUAAUAUAUCCGAACAUUUCAGCAAUAUCGCAUCUGAUUAUCAUGCGGCUACCCUGUUUCAUUCUUCUUCAUCGUCUCAUGAACAAUGGUUAAAAAAAUUAGUAUUUGAUGCAUUAGAUCUCAAACGGGAUCAUAUUUUAGCUGAUGUUGGCUGUGGAUCUGGAGAUGAUUGUCUUUGGCUUUUAAAUAAAAUGAACAAUGACAUAAAGACUAUUGGUUGUGAUCCAUCAUUAGGGAUGAUUGAAAUUUUCAACAACCAAAUUAGAAAACAGAAUUUAACCAGCAUUGUUCAAGCAUUGUGUAUGGAUGCAGUUACUUUCAGCCAACAGAAACAAUGGUCGGCAUAUAAUCGUCUUUUAAUGAAACAAUGUGUUCAUCUGAUGUCGCCCAAUGAAAGAUUAUUAGCUUUCAGAGGUUUUCAUGAACAAUUUAAUUGUAACGACAACAAAUUAGUCAUUGUUACACGACCAGGAAAGGACAUCUUUCCAUUUGAUAAACGUACGACUGAGAUAUAUAUAUAUCUCAAUCCCCUCACAUUGACAAUUACGUGA